AAUGGGGAAUUGUUUACAAUUUUUACGCCGACGAGUGGCUGGUGAUGAUUUUACUCGUUUAGAUAAUCUUUCUACAAAUACGGGUUCAGGGAAUGGAAGGCGAUCACAUUCUUCACGCGGUUCUUCUGGGGGUAUUUCCUCAUCAUCGGCUUCAAGUGGUUCUGAAAGGAGUCGUUUACAUCGAAACAUGCAGACGAGCUCUUAUGUCAACCAGCUUUACAUGAAUUCUGCCUUUGGAACUGGUGGCGAUGAAGCAAAUGCGGCGGAAAUGAAAGCUUUAGAUGAAAAACGAAAGGCCCGUGUCCGCUGCCUUUUAGAGCAAAUUCCGGUCGAUAUGUUUAUUGAAGAUGGAAAGGGCGACUCGGAAUGUGCAAUUUGUAUGGGUGAUUUCCAACCUGGAGAUCCUAUUCGAUUCUUGCCUUGUUUGCAUUCUUACCAUUUGCAGUGUAUUGAUAAUUGGCUUCUUCGUUCAUUUACCUGUCCAUCUUGCAUGGAACCUGUUGAUUCUGCAUUGCUUUCUGCAUUUACUCAUACUUCUGGAAGUGGUAUAUUUGAUUUGUCUUCACUUUCAACAACGCCAUCAACUACAACAACAAUAACAAAUAAAUCCGACAAGGUCUCGAAAAAAUUUAAAUAA